UGGGCCGGGUUUGGUGAAGUGUCCAUGUCGUCUGUAUGGAUGGGUGCUGCGAUGGCGAGGUUCAUGUUGGUGACCCCGAGGCAAAGAAGCCACUGGAUAGAGGAUGCGAUCUGGAGAGAAGUGACCUGUUAGUUAGUAAGGGGGCGUCGUCAAAUCCAGGCCUCCGUAGGCGUCUACCUUCAUGGCUAGGCCUCGAAGGUGGAAGAGUACUGUAGCAAUGUCGGGCUACCGUGGAAUGGAGUUCGAGUUUUCCGUCUCGAAGGUGGAAUACAAUGAUCGUUUGGCUCAAACAGGACGAAGGACUAGGAUGGAUGAUCGAAAAGAGAGGUAUAUAUGGACAUGUCAUUCAAUCCCGAAGCCGCGUCAAACUCGAGUUCGAUACUUGAACUUGCUCGGAGUUUACGCUCGACCGAGCCUCCAUGGACUUCAAGACGGGACCACACCAUCACACAUGCAUCAUGAGGUUCUCAAGAAUCGCAACCUAACGACAAACGACAAUCCAUGCAUCUUCAGACAUUGACUUGCUGCCACAUCGGUUGCCAUGACGGUUUCCUGAUUGGCAAUGCCAUAUAGAGAUAUAUGAUGUUUGUC